UCCCGGAGACUAGGAGAGCAAGACGCUUGAAGCUCGUCUUUUACCAUCUACAAAUUGACGUAUCAUAUGGGAGCAAAAUAAAUACAAUAUCUUUGUUGACGUAUCUUCUUGGUCGUUGACAAAUCCCCCAAAAAUGCAGAGUCAAACCUCUCCAAACCCACCUUCUUCGACCUCCGCCGCGGGACCCAACUGCACUCAAUUUCUCCAUUCUGAUCAUCUCAGAGCCACACUCUACCCGGGUCGAGUCAAUUUUCGAAUGAAAGUUGUAUCGUUUAUAAUAAUGGCAGUAUGGAAUUUUUCUUCCAAGUUUUAUAGCUCGUUUCCGGUUUCUAAUACCAACUUCCACGAUCCUUUAAUUUCUUUCUGUUUCCUUUUCUGGGUAUGGUUGAUUUUUCGUGCAUUACGAAAUUCCAUGAUUUGGACAACUUGGUGUGAAUGUCUAAUGAGGUUGAAAACUUAUGGAGAGACUCUGUUGAAACGGACUGUCAAUCUGAUUUCUUAUUUUUUAUUUUUAAUUUUUUUGCCUCUUAAGUUGGUUAUGCAUAUUUAUCAUUUUGAAGAAAUUGAUGCUCAUAGCUUCAUAGAGGAUAGUGAAAUCUGCUUUCAUUUUUUCAAUCCUUUCAACUACUGGAUCACUUGGAUCUGAUCUUGAUCAUUCUCAAUUUGUUACUGGUCAGGUUUCAUGAUCUCAGGCUAAGGAAAAUUACUAGAGUGGAGUUUCAUAGUGGAUGAGUAAAUGAAUUCAGCUCUCCACAGAGGGUUGGCUUCUGGUUUUGAUGGAAUUAGAAACUUCUCUUCUAAUAAUCUCAUGCCUGAAGGCUUUCCCUCAGAGAAGAAAAUUCUCGAUCCACAAGGGCCAUUUCUUCAAAGUUGGAACAAGCUAUUUGUGUUGUCUUGUGUGAUUUCUGUUUCGUUGGAUCCUUUGUUCUUUUAUGUUCCUGUGAUUGAUAUGAGAAAGAUGUGCCUUAGAUUAGAUGGGAAAGUGGAGACUGUAGUCUGUAUACUGCGGUUUUUUACAGAUUUGUUCUAUGUUGUGCAUAUUGUUUUUCAGUUUCGUACAGGAUUUAUUUCUCCCUCUUCACGAGUAUUUGGAAGAGGUGUUUUAGAAGAAGAUUCCUUGAGAAUAGCAACGAGGUAUCUGUCAUCGUACUUUCUAAUUGACAUUUCUUCAGUCCUCCCACUUCCACAGGUGGCGAUUCUGAUAAUGAGAGGUUCGAGAUCAAUGAAUACGAAGGACUUGCUAAAAUAUGCUGUAUUAUUUCAAUUUGUGCCAAGGUUUCUUCGAAUCUAUCCACUGUACAAAGAAGUUAUGAGGACGUCGGGCAUACUCAUUGAAACAGCUUGGGCAGGAGUGGCAUUUAAUCUCUUUCUGUACAUGCUGGCUGGCCACGUAUUUGGGGCAAUCUGGUACUUAUGUUCCAUACAGCGAGUAGGCCAGUGCUGGCAAGAAGCUUGUACCAAGCAUCUUGGCUGUAUCUUUACUUCAUUAUAUUGUGAUCAUAAUUACAUUAAUGAAGGGAAUCAAUUUCUCACUGAGAUGUGCCCUGUCAAAAAGAAAAAUAUUGAACCUUUUAACUUUGGAAUAUUCAUUCAAGCCCUUCAACCUGAUAUUGUAGAAUCAGAUUUUCCGAAGAAGUUCCUACACUGCUUCUGGUGGGGCUUGAGGAAUAUAAGCUCUUUGGGGCAAAAUCUUACUACAAGUCCUUGCAUAUGGGAAAACUGCUUUGCCAUUUUCGUUUGCAUCUCUGGCUUAGUGUUGUUUGCAUUUCUCCUAGGCAACAUGCAGAUGUAUUGGCGAUCCUCAAAUGCAAGAGAGGAGGAGAUGAGAGUGAGAAGGAAUGAUGCUGAACAAUGGAUGUCACAUCGUUUACUCCCUGAGAACCUGAGGAAGCGGGUUCGUAGAUAUGAACAUUACACUUGGCAAGAAACCAGAGGUGUUGAUGAACAUAGUCUGCUGCGUAAUCUGCCUAGAGACAUCCAACGAUAUUAUAAACGUCAUCUUUGCUUGGCUUUGCUCAUGCGAGUCCCGAUGUUUGAAAAGAUGGAUGAACGAUUGUUGGAUGCAAUGUGUGUCCAUCUCAAGCCAGUGCUGUACACAGAAGAAAGUUGUAUUGUUCGGGAAGGCGAUCCAGUUGAUGAAAUGCUCUUCAUCAUGAGAGGCAAGCUCUUGACCAUGACUACAAAUGGUGGGAGAACUAUAUUCUUCAACUCCGAUUUCCUCAUGGCUGGUGAUUUCUGUGGAGAAGAACUACUGACAUGGGCUCUAGACCCUCAUUCCUCAACCAAUCUCCCUAUUUCAACUCGAACUGUCCGAUCUCUUACAGAAGUUGAAGCAUUUUCUUUUGAAUCCAACGACUUGAAAUUUGUUGCAUCUCAAUACCGCAAACUUCACAGCAAGCAGCUACGCCAAGUUUUCAGAUUUUACUCACAGCAGUGGAGAACCUGGGCAGCUUGUUUCAUACAAGCAACGUGGCGGUGGCGACGCCAUCAAAGAAAGAAGCUCAAAGAGUCUCUCAAGGAGGAAGAGAGUAGGUUGAAAAACGCAUUAGCUUCCCUUGAGGGCCAGUCACUGAGUUUAGGCACCACCAUCUACGCAGCCAGAUUUGCUGCUAACAUGCUUCGCACGGUGAGACGAAAUAGUACUAGAAGAGCUACGAUAGCCAUAUUGCUUCAGAAGCCAGCUGAGCCUGAUUUUUUGACCUUGGAAGAUAACAACACAUAACCAUACUGUUGAAAGAUGACAUUCACAUUUAUUGUUUAUAACACUAUAUUACAUUUUGGUUUGAAAAUGACGACAUAUUUAACUCUCA